CGACCCUUGUGAAAGGGUCGUUCGACCCCCAAAAGGGUCGCGACCCACAGGUUGAGAACCGCUGCUCCAGACAGUCCCUGCCGGGUUCUGCCGCUCCAACAGGGCGGUGGGGAUGCCGGCUGGAAGCCACACAAACCAGAAUGAGCCUUCCCAGUGGCCCGUGGCUCACACAGCCCUGCCUUUUAAGUGAAUGAACUGCCUAUUUCCAGGGUCAGCCCUCGGAGAAGUGCUGGUUUGGAAAGGAUUGGGGAGGGGAAGUGACGAUCAUAUGGCUUUCUAUUAAGCCCGUCUGUGCUGCUGCAGCGAACCUUUUGAGUGGGGAAGUCCAGCUAGAGCCCAAGGAGGGCCUUCAGCUGUCAUUUUUAAGUUAAAAUGAUUAGCUUGAAAUAUUAGCUAGUUCCCCUUUCCUUUGAUAAAAGCUCCUUUUAGCUGUUUUGCCGAUUUGUCCUCAAUGGAGGACAGCUGAGACUGGCUUCUAGGAGCAAGGGAGCUGACCAGAAUCCUCUCCUUCCUCAGCUGUAUCCGCUUUUAAGGGCAGGCAAAGCGGCACUGGGCCUGACCAAAGUGGAGUUCCUGAAGGGGGUCCAGCAUAGUUGCUUCCUCUCUCUUACGCUACAAACUGGACACAAAGAAUUCCUGUUCCUUCCAGUGCCAGUUAAAUGGGAGAAGGAAGAAAGGUAGGCCCUUGGGUGUAGUUCCCUGGUCCAGCAGAGGGAGAAAGGGCUGCUCACCUCACUCCUGUGGUCCGACGCAGCUCUUUACUAUCGGCAUUGCACCCACCACGCACCCCCCUGUACACAAAGCCAGGCCCUCAGAGCAGGGAAUGACAGCGGAGUCCGGGGUAGAACGGAUUCGAGCAAGCACUGUUAGGAAAUGGGUCCAUGUGUUGGAAAUCUGGGUUACUUUGGGAGGGAGAACUUAAUGGAAAAGACUUCCAUGCAAUCUGCUAAGCGGAAGUAAGGCUUUCACAAGGAUGGUGGGAGGUUCGCUUAAAGGGAAAACUCGGCCUAAAAUACUUUCACCUAAAGUUGUUUCACGCAGUUUUGUAUGAAGAGCUGCUUUAUCCAUCCUGAGUGUUUUGGAAAUACAGGCUAGAUACAAUAGGAAACAUUAGAAAAAGGUAAAGCAAGUAAAUUUAAAACAUGACAUACAGAAGAAACCAGAAAGGUAAGCUACUGAAGGUAAAUGUUUUAGGAACAACUCGGGAUAAAGGCAGAGCCCGUGGGAGGCCCAGGACACCCCUCUGCCUGGUGGGGGGCAGCAGGGUUUGAAGGCAGAUCAGCCCAGCCUGGAAAAGCCAUCACCACUGAGUAAAAGCAGGAGAGGCAUUAUCCGUGUCUGCUCACAGCUCAGGAAACAGAAAUGUCACCCUGAGCUCUUUCCAGACAACAGGCUUCUUCCUACUAAGAGUGGGCAAAACUCCGAUGUUCAGGAGGAGAAGAGCAGAUCCUAUUAACAGUCAGAGUCCCUCCGUGCGCAGAGCUGCAAGCCCGGGCAGAGGUGGUCUGGCUGGCCACCUAGAAUGAAAAUGCCUCGGGAAAAGCCAAACGAGCUCACUGCUGAACACCAUUGUCAGCUAAAAGGAAAAGAAAUCCCUUUUAAGGAAACUAUUUAACUUCAAUAGGCUGCUUUUCUGCCAGGAUUUUCAAUUCCUCUGAACAUAAGCCGAGACACAGACUGCUGCACGUAUGUCUGAUACUGCCCCCCCUCCCCCAGCUCCAGCACCAGUUGUUAGCCCAAAAUAAACCCCAUUCCACAACCAUAUAUGUCCACGGGCCCAGAGCUGGGGAGGAGCAGCAGGAGGUAGGUCAGGUCCCUGGGCCCCAGCCACACUCCGUGGCUGCUGCACACCAUGCACAUCACCCAGCUCAACCGGGAAUGCCUGCUGCACCUCUUCUCCUUCCUGGACAAGGACAGCAGGAAGAACCUCGCCAGCACCUGCCCCCAGCUCCGGGCCGUGUUUGAGGACCCCGCGCUCUGGCCCCUGUUGCACUUUCGCUCCCUCACAGAACUCAAGAAGGACAACUUCCUCCUGAGCCCGGUGCUCAGGAGCCUCUCCAUCUGCUGGCACUCCAGCCGCGUGCAGGUGUGCAGCGUUGAGGACUGGCUCAAGAGCGCCUUCCAGAGGACCAUCUGCAGCCGGCACGAGAGCCUGGUCAGUGACUUCCUCCUCCAGGUGUGCGACAGGUGCCCCAACUUGGCGUCCGUCACGCUGUCCGGCUGCGGCCACGUCACCGACGACUGCCUGGCGCGGCUGCUGCGCUGCUGCCCGCGCCUCCGCACCCUGCGCCUGGAGAACUGCGCGCGCGUCACCAACCGCACGCUGGCGGCCGUGGCGGCGCACGGGCGCGCGCUGCAGACGCUGCACGUGGACUUCUGCCGCAACGUGAGCGCCGCCGGCCUGCGCCGCCUCCGUGCCGCGUGCCCGCGCCUGGCGCUGCGAGCCGAGCACAGCGCGACCAUGAUCCCCGACCAGCCGCAGCGCUGCCCGCCGGCGCCAGGCCCGGCCCUCCGAACGCUGCUCCCGCGCUAGGCCGCCGGGCCGCGGAAGGACGCCGGCCACGGCGCUCGGCCGAAGGAGCCACCCCAGCUCCGCCCCCUUCCGACGGUCGCUGAUCUUCUGAGCCUGUUUACCCGUUUGCAAAAUGGGGAUAUGAAUGUCUACCUCACUUUACGAUUUUAUAUGCAGGAUGAAUACGAGAUUAAAUGACCUGAAGCUUGGAAAA